UUGCUGUGUCUGUCCUUCAGAUCCCCUGUCUGUGCAGCGGAGCCUCCUGUUUGCUGUGCCGAUGUUGUCCCAACAGCAAGAAUUCCACCGUGACGCGCCUCAUCUAUGCCUUCCUCCUCCUCCUCAGCACGGUUGUUGCCUGCAUUAUGCUGGCGCCGGGGAUGGAAGAGCAGUUGAAAAAGGUGCCUGGAUUUUGUGAUGAGGGGCUUCAUACUCGGAUACCGCAUAUGAAUGGCUUUGUCAGCUGUGAUGUGUUUGUUGGAUACAGAGCUGUCUAUCGAAUCAGCUUUGCCAUGGCAGUGUUUUUCUUUCUCUUCUCUCUGCUCAUGAUAGAAGUGAAAACAAGUAAUGAUCCAAGAGCCUCAGUGCACAAUGGGUUCUGGUUCUUCAAAAUAGCUGCCAUUGUGGGUAUCAUGGUUGGAGCUUUUUACAUUCCUGAAGGGCCUUUCACAAGAGCCUGGUUUGCUAUUGGUGUUUGUGGAGCCUUCUGCUUCAUUCUUAUCCAGUUAGUGCUUCUUGUGGACUUUGCUCACUCCUGGAAUGAGAGCUGGGUUGAGAGAAUGGAGGAGGGAAAUUCUAAAUGUUGGUAUGCAGCUCUGCUGUCCUGUACAAGCUUGUUCUACGCCUUGUCACUGGUUUUUGUUGUGCUUUUCUAUGUUUUCUACACGAAACCUGAGGACUGCACUGAGAACAAGUUCUUCAUAAGCAUUAAUAUGAUCCUGUGCAUUGCUGUCUCCAUUGUUUCUAUCCUUCCAAAAGUUCAGGAACAUCAGCCUCGUUCUGGCCUCCUCCAGUCCUCUGUUAUCACUCUCUACACCAUGUAUCUCACUUGGUCAGCCAUGUCUAAUGAGCCUGAACGAAACUGUAACCCAAGUUUGCUGAACAUCAUUACACAGAUAGCUAUACCCACAGUUGUUCCAGUGAAUACCACUGUCCUACCUGCUACUCCAGCUCCACCCAAGUCCUUACAGUGGUGGGAUGCACAGAGUAUUGUUGGUUUAGUUAUCUUUGUCCUUUGCCUCUUGUAUUCCAGCAUCCGCUCUUCAAGUAACAGCCAGGUGAACAAGCUUACGCUGUCUGGGAGUGACAGUGCCAUUCUGGAGGAGACCGUGGGAACAGGCAGCGGGGCUGCAGAGGACGGAGAAGUGCGCCGUGUCAUGGAUAAUGAGAAGGAGGGAGUUCAGUACAGCUAUGCCUUCUUUCACUUCAUGCUCUUUCUUGCCUCUCUUUACAUUAUGAUGACGCUCACAAACUGGUACAGCCCUGAUGCAGAUUUUAAAACAAUGACAAGUAAGUGGCCAGCCGUGUGGGUGAAGAUAACCUCCAGCUGGGUGUGUCUCCUUCUCUAUCUUUGGACCUUAGUGGCUCCUCUUAUCCUUACUAAUCGGGACUUCAGUUAAAUGGCUGCAUCUCUCUGAGCGCACAAAAGUGGGGAACUUCUUGCUGAAAGCCAAAAUGUUCAUGUAUUGCUUUAGUUAUUAAGGCAAAUACUGUCUUGUCUUAUAGUCAUAUUAACAUGCAGGUGGUUAGAAAGUUAAUGAAUUGCACAAUGCUUGAUGCAGGAUGAAAAUUAUGAUCAAUUAUCUUCAUGUUAACCUUCAGCCAUGGUUAUUUUAUUUUUUUAAAUUCACUAUAAUUGUGCUGUCAUAGCACAUCCCUCUACUCUGUACUGUCCAAUAGCCCCAACCUUAAUAUUGAAUAGAAGUAACAUUUAGCUAAAUAUGAAGUAAUAUAUUUUAAAGAACAAGUUAUAUUCAGCAUAAUGCACUGCUGUACUAAUGCUUCAGUUCCUGGAAUUGUAAGCCAUAUUGCAUAACUUCUACAUUCCACUGCAAAGGCUUAUUUCAAUGAGACUUAUGUUCCUGUCUUACAGUUAAAAGAAUUAAGUUUUUUUUUUAGUUUUUUUUUGUUAUUUCUCACCAGAAGAGCACAACUUUAAGGUUGAAAAGAUGUUAACUCUUAUGUUUUUAAGAACAAACUUGCCCUUUCAGAGACACAACAUCUAUGGUAACUUCUUUUUUAGUAUGUCUGCCAAAUAUUAAGUGGUAAGUGUAUGACUAGCUUAAACAACUUCAUGAUUAUGAUGGAAAAACAGAGCUCCUCAUUAAUUUUCACUUGUCUGGUAUGCUUGUAAGAGGUAAUGCAUAUGAAGUGAUCAUUAUUGGCACUAAAGCAUUUGCACUGUAAACUCAUUUGAAUAAAACAGACUAACUACUGAA